CUGAGGAGUGGGUGAGUGGCAGGUAGGUUUGUAGAAAUGUAGGUUUGGCUGAAAUUCAUGGGCUAUCAUAGGGUGGACGAUACACAGGGAACUAUGAAGAGGCUUUUUUUUUCCCCCCCAGAUCAAUGGAACUUUAAACUUCUGUUGGUGGGUCUCCUGCCUCUGGGUAGCUCCCUUCCUCUGUUUUGGCUGAAAACAAAGUUAUUUUAUUCUGUGCCUGCUCAGGCUAAGUCGUAUGCUGUGACCUUCCAGGCUCUAUUGUCUACAAAAGCAAGCCUCAAAAAGAAAUUUAGCCUCUACCUGCCUGUCACUAGUUGUGCUCAGCUUCUUCACCAUGGUGGGCCCCAAUGACAAUGGAUCCAGUGCCACAUAUUUCAUUCUAAUAGGCCUCCCAGGCUUGGAAGAGGCUCAGUUCUGGUUGGCAUUCCCACUGUGCUCCCUCUACCUUAUUGCUGUGCUUGGUAACUUGACAAUCAUCUACAUUGUGCGGACUGAGCACAGCCUACAUGAGCCCAUGUAUAUCUUCCUUUGCAUGCUUUCUGGCCUUGAUGUCCUCAUCUCCACCUCAUCCAUGCCCAAAAUGAUGGCUAUCUUCUGGUUCAACUCCACUACCAUCCAGUUUGAUGCAUGUCUGCUGCAGAUGUUUGCCAUCCACUCCUUAUCUGGCAUGGAGUCCACGGUACUGCUGGCCAUGGCCUUUGACCGCUAUGUGGCCAUCUGCCACCCACUACACCAUGCCACUGUGCUAACGUUGCCUCGUGUUACCAAGAUUGGCAUGGCUGCUGUGCUCCGGGGUGCUGCACUUAUGGCACCCCUGCCUGUAUUCAUCAAACGACUUCCUUUCUGCCGCUCCAAUGUCCUUUCCCAUUCUUAUUGCCUUCAUCAAGAUGUCAUGAAGUUGGCUUGUGCUGACAUCCGUGUCAAUAUCAUCUAUGGCCUCAUUGUCAUCAUCUCUGCCAUCGGCCUGGACUCACUGCUCAUCUCUGUGUCAUACCUGCUUAUCCUCAAGACUGUGCUGGGUUUGACCCGUGAAGCCCAGGCAAAGGCAUUUGGCACAUGUGUCUCUCAUGUGUGUGCUGUUUUCAUAUUCUACGUUCCUUUCAUUGGGUUGUCUAUGGUGCACCGCUUUGGUAAACGGCACGAUUCCCUCUUGCCCGUCAUCAUGGCCAAUGUCUAUCUGCUCGUCCCUCCUGUGCUCAACCCUAUUGUCUAUGGAGUGAAGACAAAGCAGAUCCGGCAGCGCAUCCUUCGUCUUUUCCACGUGACCACCCACACUUCAGAUCCAUAGGUGUCAGUGAUUAAACUCCCUUUUCCUUCAAAGUGCUUCAAUUCAGACCUUAAUAUCAACAUUUUGGAAGACAAUAAUAGGAAAAA